CACACACACACACACACACACACACACACACACACACACACACACACACACACACACACACACACACACACACAGCUUUAAUGAAAUAGAAACUGAGAAGGUGAUGUGAGCAGAGGAAGCAGCUUUUGUGUACAGAUGUCCAACCUUCACCUUUGAGUUGAAGUGGCCACGCUUUGUGUUUAGACUUUGGUCCAAUCGUAGAGGAGGAAAGCCUCAGAUUGCAUUUAGACUCAUUUGAGGGGUCCGAGAGCUGGUGAACAGAGAAACCAGGAAAACAAAAGCUAGAGGAGAAUGUGUGUGAAGAUCUCUACAGAGUUCUGCAGGAAUGAGUUCAAUGAAAUCGGUGUUCAUUUGUGAUCAUCAUUCUAAACAAGACGUCCCAUUAUGUACACGUAGUUAGACGUUACUCCUACUUAAGUAUUAGUGUGUUUGCACAGAGCUUAUUUUCUGCAGCAAACCAAAAUCCAUUGAUAGAAAUGCCAUCGCUGCGUUUUGCUGAUGAUACUUCCAGGUAAAAAUAUUUCAUUAAUAUUUUUUUAAUUACAAAAAGGCUUUAUUAUGUGGUUGUUUUUUCUCUUGAAGCAGUGAGAAGAAUCAAAGGAAUGCAGAGUAGUUCACUUCUUGUGACAAUAUGAACAUGGGAAUAUAAAAGGUCAUCAAUAUUGUUUUAUUAUCGUGAGAGGAAAAUUUGCAUUUAGCCAACUUUAAAAUGUUUGAAGAGAGGGAAAUAUUAUCUCUAUGAUGGAUCCAAGAGAAAGAUUCUGCAUGUGACCUCAAUAAACCCUGAAUGAUGCCAAAACAUAGUGUCAAAUGUCGAAUGUUGCAAUGUUUGAUUCUGAAACAGAAAUCUGUUUAAAAGUCUACAAAGGGAAGUCAAAGUUAUUUAUUUGCCUUCCUUAUUACUUCACUACCUUUGGCCGAGGGCCGUUAGUGUAAGUCUGUGGUUUGAAGCACCAGCACAUGUGCUUGCGGCUGACACACCUCACACAAGGAAUUACACAGGGUCGAUCUGAGGUGCAUGUUAGGGGUGAAAAGCAGAAUAAUGUCUUCUUAUUGUUGGGUAUUACUUCAUGUUGCCAAACUAGAGCUUUACACAGGUUUUGUUUAGUUUCAUAAAAAGUGUAAUUGCUCAGGAAACCGGCACACCUGUGUGCAGCAGCCCUGUUUCCUGGCUUGUAUUUGAAAAAAGGGAAAGUUUAGGAUAGUUUGUUAUUCAAAUACUAAACGUAUUUAACAAGUGUAUUAUAAGUGUAAGAACUGAAGUUUAAGAGUUUUUUUUUAAUUAACAAGUGCAUCUCAAAGGUAAACAGACUGCAGCAAAGUACAAAUCUUUGUACGGCGUACAGAGUUAUAAUGUGUUUCCAUCACCGGCGGGAAAGGAGCUGUACUUUGUUGAGGUGCUGCUGUUGGGAUUGUGUUGGUGUUUCUGUACUUUAGACUGAGGAUACACAGAAACGAUACAGUGACCUCGAUUUAACUUGCAUGUCUCUGCAACACUAUUGUGUAACAAAUGAUUCUCCAAUCACAGGAGUUAACUGGGUCAGAACCUUCAACACGAAGAAGGAGUGAUCGUCUCAGCUGCUCCUCAUCUGCUUGUGUUCGUUAGCUGUUUGUUAGCUUGUCAUCAUCUAUCUAUGCGGUUUGAUGCUGGCUUUGAUGAUUAUGGCACAGUGUGUAAAAGUCGCUCAUUCACUGUUAAGCUUGGAUGAUUUUAAAAUUUAAAUUCUUCUCUUGGUUUUGAAUUGGUUUCAAAUAAAUGUAAAUACAGUAUAAAUAAAUAUAUAUAUAUAUAUACUGUUACAGUUGCUCUAAAGAUAACAGAGACAUGGUGGUCUGAGCAGUAACUAUAUUUGGGUUUUACGUCGAAACAGAUGAAGGGAUCAUGAGAUGCAGCAGGUGAGGAAUCACUCUGUAUAUUAGUCAGCACUCUCAAUCCUCCUUUCACUCUCUGCAUGAAAAGCAUGUAUCCUCAUUUUAAAAUGCAAAUGUCUAAUUAUGUACCCGAAAGCAGAAGCUGCGUCUGCACGGAGGGACAGAAGGUGUGACAGUAGUUCUCCGUGGCAAAGGAAGGCACAGCAAAAUUGCAUCAUAUUUUUUAAAGUGGUAAUUAAACUAUAGUAGGCUGGAAAAAAAUGGACUGAAACAAUGACGAUAUCAUUGAAAGUCAUCAUGUACUUAAUGGCAGCUGGUGUGGGACUCUCCUCCGUCAGAGGACACAAAGGAGGACGUGAGAACGUAACCGACUUGAAUGAUACUACAACGUUGGCAGAAAACUACAGCCUUGGACAGAAUGGCCAUUUUGAAUGCCACUAUCCAGACAGCCAUGAGAGCAAUGAUAAAUUCCUGUGCAAGGGGAGCAGUCUUCUCAACUGUAAUUGGUGGAUAAAUGCCACCGAGCAGGAGAAAGAUGUGCAUAAAGGCAAGUUUCACAUAAGGGACAACAGAAGGAAGAAGUACUUCUACGUGGACAUCGGCAGUCUGAGCAGAGACGACUCUGGGACCUACUGGUGUGGCUCCAGCAGCACAGCGGCGCAUGUGUACACCAAAUUCCUCCUCUCUGUUACUGAGCGCACUGAACACCGACACACAACCAGAAGACCUGAUCCAGAUCCUCCGGCUGUGCAGACAACAGAAUCCUUUAAAGGCCGUGAAGUUCUCCAUCCAGGCAGAUCAUCUGAGCAGAGGAGAGACGAUGAACAUGACACAGAGGACGAUCCCGGAGAUCACCAGUACGUGGAGAUACGGAUGCUGGGCCAGCAGACACGGCCAGCAGACGCACCGCUGUCUGUUUAUGCAACCGUCAACCGUCCCGCAGACGAGCUCCACUACGCCAGUGUCACCUUCCAGCAGCACCGUGCCGUUGUCCCAGCAGAGGAGGGGGGGGAGGGGUGGGGGAGGGGGAGGGUUAACGGCCUUUCGCCUGUUGAUGUCAACUGAGGAGUUGCAUUUGUGCUGUUUGGCCUAAUUACGCCCCGGACGGAGAAGAGUAAUUCAACCAACAUUUUUGAGUGAAGAACCUGAUGAUGUGGAAUAAAUGUGGAGACAACCAGUUUGCUAAUCAUUAUUUUCAUGACUGUGAAGCUAAUCUGACAGUAGUAAAUCUUCACAAAAAUGUAUUUCUUCUUAUUUUAAAACCAUUUCUCGGUCUCUCUGUGAAGAAACGUAAUUAAAUGUCUGUAUCUUGA